AUGGCACCCUCAACUCGCUCGUCGAGCAAAACCCUCGUUGAGGAAAAACAACCUCAACAUCUUGACAUGCAUGGAAAUGUCUUCGAACUCCCUAAUUACACCAUGAAAGAAAUCUACGAUGCCAUCCCGCCUCAUUGCUUCAAACCUUCAAUUAUUCGAUCAAUGGCAUACGUCGUCCGCGAUUACUUUUACGUUUCUACCCUCAUCUACCUCGCUCUCACUUUUAUCCCAAUGCUUCCCAACGUAUACCUUCGAUUUGCCGCUUGGGUGGCAUACACCACUGUUCAAGGAUUUGUUUUCACCGGUAUUUGGAUUUUGGCACAUGAAUGUGGACAUGGUGCUUUCAGCAAGAAUAAGAAAUUGAACUGGACCAUGGGAUUGAUUAUGCAUUCUUUCUUACUUGUCCCAUUCCAUUCCUGGAGACUUUCUCACUCCCAACAUCACAAAGCUACUGGAAAUAUGGAUAAGGAUACAGCUUUCGUUCCACAUACAAGAGAGGGCUGGGUGAAGAGAAAUUUUGGUGAGAAGGCAAAGGCAAAUAUGGUUGAGUUUGCUGAAUUGGCUGAAGAUUCUCCAAUUUACUCCCUUUAUUAUGCUUUCAUUCAUCAAUUCUUUGGAUGGCCAGGAUAUUUAAUUGCCAACUUGACUGGUCAAGAUUAUGAUGGUGCUAAAGGAAUGAGAAUUUCUCACUUCUACUUUGGAGAAGACAGUGUUUUCUACAAGAAGCAUGAGUUGCCAUUGAUCGCUUUGAGUGAUGUUGGUGUAGCUGUUAUGAUUGCUGCUUUGAUUUGGGCUGGUCAAGUCUUUGGAAGUUUCAAUGUUAUUGUUCUCUGGGGUGUUCCAUGGUUGUGGGUUAACAACUGGAUUGUUGCUAUUACCUUCCUUCAACACACUGAUGCUUCCAUGCCUCAUUACAAUAACAACACCUGGAACUUCGCUCGUGGUGCAACCGCAACUAUCGAUCGUGAUCUUGGUUUUAUUGAUACUCAUCUUUUCCAUGAUAUCAUUGGUACUCACGUUUGCCAUCACUUGGUUUCCACCAUCCCAUUUUACCAUGCCGGAGAAGCAAGUCAACACAUCAAGAAGGUUAUGGGACAACAUUACAAAGCCGAUGUCAAAACUCCAUUCUGGACUGCUUUCUGGAGAAAUCAACGUACUUGUAAAUUCGUCGAAGAAUCCGAAGGAAUGGAAGGAAGUGGUGUAUACAUGUUCAGAAACUUGUAUAAACGAGAAGGAGAAGUUCAUGCUAAGGAUCUUACCAAUGGUCAAGCUACAAUCGUCAAGGAAAGUGGAAAACCAACUGCAUCAAAGGUUGUACCAGUUGGCUCAAUGGCUACUGCUAUGUCUACAAGCAGAAACAUGAAUGCAGGAAGAAGAUUAAGUCAAAGUGUUCAAGAAAGAGCCAAGGCUGGAUUACCUCUUUUGGCUGAGGUUUUGGGAGAGUGA